AUGUCUGAACGAGCCAACGUUGGUGACCGCGUGAAGGAAUUUUUUCAGUCUUUCGGCAAAAAGAAACAGCAGAUGUCAGACGAGACUUCCAACUUCCGUGCCGACGAACUCCUUCGUUCGAAAAUGUCAACAGACGAUGCGUCACUGCUACCGAUGGUGUCACAGCCACGCCAGGUGCCACAGGAGCACGAAAGUCCAGGGCCCACUUUACAGACCAACCAACCACAAUUGUCAUCUCAAAUUCGACCACCCACUUUCUCUCCUCUAGUCAAUUUAAAGCACAUGACGCCAUUUGAGCACAAUGAGAGGCCACAGUUCCGGGUUAGACAGUCGUCUGCGCCGCCACCACGACGUCAGGAAAGAGAGUCCAGUUCUUCUCCCUCUCCGUCGCCAGUUAUUCAGAGUGCUCGACAGGAGAACAUCGAGAAACCUCGACCAUUACGCGUGUCACAGCUAUUCCAGCAACCACCGGCCUAUAGUUGGGAUGGAUGGGAGCAGCCGGCAUUCGUGCAGGUGCCUGUGAAGUACGACGGUCGACCCAGGUUAGCCAUGCCGCAAAUACCAUCAAAGAAUGGACGAAGUGCCACCCCAGAUGGUGUUUUGCUAGAAAAUGGAAGAAAACCGAGUUAUGCAGGAAUCCAGUCUCGACAAGGUGCCCAACCCUCUGCAAAUAUUGGUGAGGAAAGCUACUACGUCCCUCCACUACCGCCUCCCUUGCUUUACUACGAUCCCUAUUCUGGACAGUACGUGGCAGCACCAACAAUACCAUCAGGAUAUGAUAUCGUCGGACGACACGCACACACCCUCAACAGACGUCACCGGCGCAAAAGCCAUCAUCACCACAAGCGAUCGUGCACACCCCACAUGGACAUCGCCAACUACUCGACCUACAAUCCAACCAAGCCAUUUAGCACAUCUGUUCCUCCAAGUGAAGCGAGCUUUGACUACAGAUCGACUUUGCAGACACAACCCCAAGCUACACCUGAAAUGCAACAACAGAAGGUACCUGCCGUCAUGAGCCAAAACGACCGAUUUGAGGAUGAAAUACGCGUUACCCAAAAAAAGCGUCUCAUUUCCAGCGGAACGACAGACACACCAUCGCACCGCGUCGAAACAUUGAACUCCAAAAGGAAUAGUGUCUUGACACCCAUUACUCCUGUUAGUAUUCCACAGACUAUGUUCUCAAACCAAAAUCCAAAUCGGUUGUCUGCGGAAAUCUUGUCACCGAUAACGGAUGGUAAUAAAAAUCAAACGCGUUAUACCAGCGACGUAGUGCGCUCCAUGAAUCGAAUGAUCUUCAAGAUGGGUAGGAAGGAGUCAGCCGAGGGAAUGCUUUCACCAAAGGACAGCUACCAAGAAUCUCUGAACAUUACAACUCGUUCACCCCAAGCCCCGAAGGUGUCUUCGAAUGGGGAAGUACAGGGUGCACGGAAACUGUCCGUGAUGGAAUUGGUGAAAAAAUACUCUCAGAUGGGUGAGUCGGGCAGUUCAACAGGGUCCACUGGAAGACGUCAUCAACUCCAAGAGUGCAAACUACCCUCAAGAGUCCCUGCAGACUUCUCAGAUCCAGACGACACUGCCGAAAUCUUGGGAGAUGUUAGCUACACUGACGAUAUCGAUGAAACAUUUAGAAAGUGA